AUGACAUAUUGGUGUGACGGCACGUCUCGGAUUAUAAUCGGAUAUGAUGAUGGUCUAAGACGAGGUUUGGAACCACCCAUGUUGUCUGGUUCCCAGCGUACUCUGCACAACCAGAGUAAUGAAAUGGUAAGGGCAGUUGACAAUAUAGCUUUGAACAAAACGGCCGAUCAAGCGUACCCAUAUACGGACGGAAACGGAGUAGAAUGGAGCGCAGGAAAAGCGGUGGAAGGGUGUAUUCUGAGUGACUUACCGGAGAGCCAGCUGUGCUGCAGCGCCACCUUACCUACGUCCGGACAGACGGAUAACUACUGGCAGGUGAAUCUAGGAGGCGUCCGCGCCAUCGGUGCGAUCAUUGUGUACGGGCGGAGCGACGGAAAACAAGUCCAGCUAGCAGGGUUCCAGGUAUACGGACUGCUAACUUCCGGUGGGGCGAAGGAACACCUGUACAACAGCACGGGUGUGGAAUACCCGGUAGAUGGAAUCUUCAACAUUACCGUGAAACCCGAGAAGAACGCAUCCAUAAUCCGGGUGGAGAAGCCGCCGGGUGAUUCCAUUAUCACGCUGUGUGAGGUGGAGGUGUUUGAAGCCUGUGACGACGGUACUUACGGAAGCGGAUGUGAGGAGCGGUGCGGAAAAUGCGCGGACGGAGGCGCCUGUGACAAGGUGACUGGUACCUGUCCGCCGGGCGGCUGCGAGGCGGGCUGGACGGGCGACAUGUGUUGGGCCAGGGCGAACAUACUGCUACUGAAACCUGCCACCCAAACGAGCACCAUGAACGGCCGGAACGCCAGCCUGGCAGUGGACGGUUGUGCUGACCAGGGAACACCGAGCUGCUGCAGCUCGACUGGGGCAGAGGGCAACGCGUCCCUCAUCCUCAACCCCGGUGGUGUUUACGAAAUUGGCCGGAUCGUGGUCUACGGCGAGACAGGAGGAGCAGAUAAGCUUGCGGGUUUCAUGUUGUACGACAGCCCAUCGAUGCAACCCCGCAUGCUGUUAUACGAUAGUAGCCCCCAACCAUAUGGAACCGGUAUCUAUGACUUCCCCGUCGACCCGCCCGUUGCCUCCCAGUCCCUCAUCCUAGAGCGGAUAUCCGACUCGCCGGCUGCAUUGGUCGUCUGUGAGGUGCAAGCGUACAUAGUCUGCCCGGCCGGUUUCUAUGGCGACCGAUGCGAGGACACGUGUGGAAACUGUGUACAAAAUGACACGUGCCACGGUAUAAUUGGCAGGUGCUCGAAUGGCUGCGCGGCGGGAUGGCGGGAAGAUCUCUGUAAAACAGGUUGUCAGAACGGAACAUUCGGUGAGAACUGCAACAUGACAUGUGGUGCGUGCAAAGACAACGUGCCUUGUAACAUCGCCACAGGGGCGUGUCCAGACGGAUGCGAGUCCGGUUACCAAGGAGACACGUGUCUAAAUGAGUGCAGUAACGGAACAUGGGGUUGGAAUUGUAACGAGACGUGCGGAUAUUGUGCAGACGGUGCGUCUUGCAACGCAAGCACGGGCACCUGCAUGGACGGCUGUGCUUCCGGCUACAGUGGAGACAUGUGCAUGGAGGAAUGUGUCUCGCCUCAGUUUGGUCCUGACUGUCUGUCCAUGUGCUACUGUACAGAUAACGCCACGUGCAACCACGUGACUGGCGAGUGUCCGAGUUUCUGCCAACCUGGCUGGCAGGGGGACUCGUGCAGUAAUGCUUGUGACAACAGCACGUUUGGACAGAAUUGUUCCGGGCAGUGUGGUCAGUGUAUGGAUAACGUCACAUGUGACGUCAUCGACGGCACGUGCGAGGAUGGGUGUGCACCUGGCUGGCUGCUCGAUACCUGCGCACAAAAGUGCGAAGAAGGUUAUUUCGGCGCAAACUGCAGCGAAACGUGCGGUCAGUGUGCGGACGGCGCAUCCUGUGAUCACGAGACGGGCGCAUGCGCAGCUGGGUGCGCCUCGGGUUGGAAGGGCAGUGAAACGUCUUGCAAAACUGGUAUGAUGACUUAA